AUGAAAAUGAAAGCCCUCUGUGCUUUCCCAGCGGCAAGCAGUCGUCGAGCCAUCCCCGCCAUCUGCGCCGCUUGCUCCUCAACACAAUCCUCCCGCCCGUUCUCAGUGCUCAACCGCCCACCCCCGAAAUACGAAGGCCAUGUCCCCCUUACUAAAAUCGAACGAGCGGGGCUUUUUGUUGGCGCAGGAAUAUGGUCUCUAUUGAGUCCCUACCGUGGUGACCUCAUUGCCGCUGUCGGCGAGACGACUGCGACGCCAUACUUCAUCUACCGCCUCCGCGAUGCCAUGCUCGCAGACCCAACGGGCCGUCGUAUUCUUCGUGAGCGCCCGCGUAUGACUUCUACAUCCCUCAACCUCGAGCGACUACGUCAGCUGCCCGAGAACAGCGUUGGCCGGGCAUAUGUCGGCUGGCUCGACGCAGAGGGCGUGAGCCCCGACACGCGGCCGGCGGUGCGCUACAUCGACGACCCUGAGUGUGCGUAUGUGAUGCAACGGUACCGCGAGUGCCACGAUUUCUAUCACGCCCUCACGGGGCUGCCGAUCGUUCGGGAGGGAGAAGUUGCGCUUAAGGCGUUCGAAUUUGCGAACACACUGAUCCCCAUGACGGGUUUUGCAGUGAUGAGCUACGCAACAAUGAAGAAAGGAGAACGUAGACGCUUCAGAGAGAUUUAUGGGCCAUGGGCGUUGAGAAACGGACUGAGAUCUAAGGAGGUGAUCAAUGUCUACUGGGAAGAGCAAUUUGAGCGGGACGUAGAUGACCUGAGGGCUGAGUUGGGCAUUGAAAGACCGCCUAACAUGAGGGACAUUCGCAAAAAGGAGCGGCAGGAGAGGAAAAAGGCCAAGGAAGCCAUGCAGGGCUGA